AUGUCUUCCAAGAGAGCAUCGAAGAGCAGUGAGAAGCAGCCGAGCAAGGAGGUCCAAGGCGAAGUUCUCUCCGAGCAUCUCUCGCCGAUAUGGAAGCAUUCGAAGGGGCUCGGCGUGAGCGGCAUGUUGGGCGCGGCGGUGGGGGUCGCCACCAAGCGCCUCACCAAGGACGCGCUCUACGGCGCCGGGCUUGCCGUCAUUGCGCUCCAGAGCCUCAGUACCCUCGGUUACAUCCAAAUCAACUGGAAAAAGAUGGAGGAGAAGGUCACGCAGGUGGCUGACCAGAACAAAGAUGGUAAGUUGGAUGUAAAUGACGUCAAGAUUCUGCUGAAUCGUGCCAUUCAGUUUUGCAGUCGUGGUCUCAGCGAUGCGGGUGGAUUUGCAACGGGUUUUUUCCUUGGGAUGAAGUACCUUGCGUGA